AUGGAAUCGAAUGUCAAAGACCGAUGGAGCCUUGCGAAAACCAAGAAUCUCUGUUUCCGAUGCCUAAAGCAAAAUCACAGAGGUUACGAAUGUCGUAGCAAUGACCGAUGCAGCGUUGAAGGUUGCAAAAGCACGCACCACUUUCAUUUACACUUUGAUAAAGAGCCAAGUGAAACCAGUAAUGAAGGUCGUUCAGCUACAAAUGCUGCGUUCGGUGCCGCGGGUAGAAGUUCAAAUGCCCCAGCUUCUGUGCUGUUGCGGACGGUGCCAGUGUGGGUAUCGAGCGACGGAGGACGAAGAAUAAAAGUCAACGCGUUUCUCGAUGACGGAUCAGACACGAGCUAUAUGAGAAGUGAUGUCGCUGUAGCUUUGGGCAUCAAAGCCCCUGAGAACAAUUUGGCAUUGUCCACUUUAACCGACACUAAAGUUAUAGUGAAAAGUAAGGCCGUUUCAAUAGAGGUAUCGAGCGUAGAGGGAGGUACCAAGAGGAAGAUGACAGUGUGGACGAUGAAUGAGUUAUGUUCCGGUAUGCCUAUCCCAGAUUGGAGCAGACAUCAAGAGCGUUGGGAGCACCUGAAAGGAUUGCCGUUCCAUAAGGUUCCUGGUAGGAAGACAGUAGACAUAUUGAUGGGUUCAGACCACCCGGAACUAGCGCUAGCUCUAGAGGAGCGCGUCGGCGAGCCAGGAGAGCCUGUCGCACGGAAGACGCCACAGGGUUGGACGUGCAUAGGUCGUGUACCGGAAUACAGUAACCGACUGGUUCGCGAAGAUAAGGAGACCAGUAAGGUGCGCAUAGUUCUAGAUUCUAAGGCGAAGUUCGAAGGAGCUUGUCUGAACGAUGCGAUGUUGACCGGGCCCAAGCUACAGCGCGAUAUUUUGGAAGUCCUACUUAGGUUUCGUGAGACGCCUGUUGCGCUUGUUGGAGACAUCAAAGAGAUGUUCCCCCAAGUCGUGUUAGAAGAGAAAGAUCGUCGGUAUCAUCGCUUGCUCCGGAGAGACUUAGAGACAGAUCGCGAACCUGACGUAUAUGAAGCGACGCGCCUGGUAUUUGGAGAUCGCGCUUCGCCUUUUCUCGCACAGUUUGUCAUGCAGCGCCACGCGGAAGAGUUGCGCGAUGAGUAUAAGCUAGCAGCGCCGGUUGUACUAGAGAGAAUCUACAUGGAUGCUAUUUUGGAUUCGGAGGAUACAGUGCGCGACGCAAUUAAGGCGAGAGAACAGCUAGUGAAACUUUUGGGACGAGCAGGGUUCCAAAUUCGCAAGUGGUGCAGCAACAGGGCACAAGUUCUUGAAGGCAUUCCCAUUGAAGAACGCGCAAGCGGAGUUAAUCUAGACGAGUGUGAGUUACCUAGUGUAAAGACUCUUGGUGUACAGUGGGAUGCGAACACCGAUGAGUUUUCCUUCGCCGUUGAUCAAGAUGCGACUUCAUUCGAAUUUACCAAGAGAGAUGGCGGGGCACCAUACGUCAUAAGCGCCAAGAUGGCACUCCAGGAAGCAUGGCUAGAAAGUUUGGACUGGGAUGAAGGAUUUCUAGAGAGAUUGAAUGCGACCUUGGAAGAUGCGUCGAAGCUGGCAUACGCUGCGGUCACUUACGUGCGUUUCGAAAACGAAGACGGAUUGGUUGAAGUUUCAUUUGUUGCAGCUAAAGCUAAAGUCGCACCCAUCAGAGCAAUCAGUAUUCCGCGCUUGGAGCUGAUGGCGGCAGGUCUAGGAUUGAAGCUAGCAGAAUGUGUUAGUAGAAUUCUGGACAUUCCUUUGAGCCAGCACACAUUUUGGUCAGAUAGUAUGGACGUGAUUUACUGGAUCCAUGGACAGUCGCGAAGGUAUAAGCCGUUCGUCGCCAAUAGAGUUUCGACUUUUCACGAGAAGACAAGUCCACAGCAAUGGAGGCACGUUCCAGGAAAAGAGAAUAGCGCUGACGGCGCUACAAGAGGUCUUAACAUCGAAGAGUUGAAUCGUGAGCAUCGUUGGUUUCGAGGACCAGAUUUCCUGGAGGAGGGGGAGUCAGAAUGGCCUAAGAAGAGGUCUGACAGCAUCCAGCAGUCUGAAGAAGCAGAGAUAGAGACGAACAAAAUGAGUGCAGUGUAUAGUUCCAGACAGAAGAGGAUAGAGCAGUUGUUAGAUCCAGAGAAGUACUCCAGUUGGAUGAGGUUGCUUCGAGUCACAGCGUAUGUCAUGCGUUUUAUCGCUAAGUUGAAGAAGAAGCGAAAGAAGAACUCGGAGUAA